AUGACCAACACCAUCACAAUGCCCACAGUUGUUGAAAGUGUAUAUGUCGAUCUUCUGUUUUCGCCCAGCCAAAUCAAACCAUUUGCCACUUCUACCGUUGCGGUUAGCACCAAUUCGGUACUCAAUCGUGCCCAAUCCUCGUCUUCGAUUAAUACCAUGUCCACUGCAACACUUUUACAGCUCAUGACUUCCACCAAUACGCUACAAACAUUUUCCAGUCUUCUCCAGCCGAGCUCUACAAGCCGUGCUUUGAUUGACAAGGUUUCUGAAGGCCAAAAUGCUUCUUCGUCAGUAGUCGCUCUAGCCAUAGGUUUGCCGUUGGGUAUUUUUUGUCUAGGAUUUUGUUUCAUCGUCUUCUACCUGUGGAUACGCAAAAAAACGCACGAUCGGUAUCCAUCUACACCUUCAUUUGCAAAAUCAACAGCGCCGGCGCCACGUCGUGAAUCUAGAAUAUGGACCCGUCUAUUCAAUCCGGUGCCUAGCUACCACACUGAUCCAUUCCAACAUCCUUACGACGAAAAAUCAGGGACGCGAUCUUUCGAUUCUUUACAUGAAGGCUCCGCUACUAUCAAGUACAAGAUCACUUCCAAUCCCACACCUUUACAUGUCCAAACUCCUCAAAAGGUAGCGUUUCCGGUGAACAAAAGUUACAGCUCUAAUCAAAUUAAUACAAUGUUGUACUCCAGACCACCCCGUAUACAAUCUAUCGCAUCUGCCAUGCCCAAUUCAUCACCAGAUACCGAUAAUGAACGGCCGAAUUUACUUGCAGCUGGAACUUGGACUUAUGAAUCACCCUUGUCAAGAUGGUUUCUCACCAAAUCAACCUAUUUACAAGACCAAGUCAAACAGCCGCUUAAGUCUUCUACCGUCAAGCUCAAACAACUCAAUAUACUAUCCAGAGUAUCCAAAAACCGUGUUGAAAGUUUUCUCACUGAUGAAAAAUCUCCCAUUUUGAGUUCAGGACGUUCCCCCAUUUUCAAGGAAUCCUACGUUAAAAGUCAACUUGAUCCUCUCGUCUUCAGAUCCUCAUCACUCAAGUACUCGAAGAAGCAGGAAAGCCAUGAAUCAAACGAUAGAGAAACUAGGUACCUAAAGUCAGAAGAAAUAUCAAAAUUGAACCCUUACUCAAAGCUGGCCGGUCCCAGGAGUGUCAUUAAAGCGCAAAUAAUUGACAGGUCUGACACAGAUAGAAGGAUGUUAUUGCAACCGCUAGAGAUUCUACAAGCACCUCCCAAAAGCAGUGAUUGUGGCAAAAAAGUGCUUGAGAAUGACGGAAAACUGAAGGCCUUUAAUAAGGAGCUGACACAUUAUUCGGAAAGGUUAGAUUUGCAUAAACCUUUGCCUUUGACGCCAAAGUCUCGGCAAGCUUCAGAAAAUAUGAGACCAAGUUCGAAAGCUCCCGAAGGCAACGAGAUAAACCAUGUGUCGUGUGAUUCCGAGGUAGAAUUGCACGAAAUACAUCAUGUCGUUCGCAACUACGAGCACAAGCUAUCUGAUGAAAUAUCCAUCCGACGUCACGAACAUGUGCGUUUACUAGCACGACACACUGAUGGCUGGUGCCUGGUUGAAAAGUGCAAGUCAGACGGCCGUCCUUUGAACGACAACGAAGGACCUGAGCGCUCUAACAUUGAUGGCAAAUUUUAUCUAAAUGAAUUCCGGGGCAUUGUACCUGGUGUUUGUUUGAAAAUAUUGAAAACUGAUUCGUAG